CACAACACAUCGUUUUUUGGUGUGAAAACAUCUGCUGCUGGGCGCUGCAGGCUGCAGGACUGGAAUCGUUCGCGAGAAAACGAAGCUGUUUUUUUCGGAAUCGGAAUAAUCCUUUAAAUUAGGAUAGCAAGAUUGAUUCCGGUUCUUUUAUCCGAUAAGUUGUCACAUACAUAGUGCAAGUCAGCCAAAUCAAAUUAAGUGCGCUUUGUCUCUAAUCCGCACCCCCCCGCACUCAAACAACCCCUCAUCAACAAUUGCAGGACUGCCGCCACCGCCGUCGGAAUGAGCACUCCCGCCUCGUCGAGCGACGCGACCCCCGGAAAGGACGGCGGACCAGGUCCGGCCCCGGCGGCAGCAGCACCACCAGCGGCUGGCAAAAAGACCAACGUUUGCCUCAUCUGCGGAAUCUACACCAACCUGUCGCUGAACAUCUUCGAGCCCCGGAACGGGCCCAACAUCCGCGAGGUCAUCUAUCAAAAGUACAACUUUCGGGCGGAACGAAGUGACACCGAGGACAAAUACAUCUGCUUCAGCUGCAACAAUUGGCUCAUCAAUUGGUACUCGCUGCAGCACUUGUCCGAAUCCCGCAACUACGAAUCGACGCCAUCGUCCAGCCGCCAGUCCCAGUCGUCGGAGAACCGGAACAAGCGACCGAAAAACAAUGGCCGCUCCAGCUCUAGUGCGGCGCCCGGUUCCAGCCGAGACAAGGAAAACCUCGAACAGGACAAUGUCGUGUCUUCCACGGUAAAAUCGCCGGAAAAGGAAAAUGCCUCGCCAAAGAGAAAACCCAAACGACCAUCAUCCGGCCGCCCGGUACUGAAGUUGUCCUCACAACACAACAUGAUCUCCAGCAGUACCGAAGCCAGCAACGCCAACAGCACAACUCUAGUCAAACCGUUUGAAUCUCAUCUCAUCCGGAUGUUGGAAAAUCAAGGAACGAGCGUGAUCAAAGAGUCCAACAAACUCGCGAAUCCGUUCCGCAGUCAAGCUGAAAACAGCCCUGCCCUCUCGACCGGGAAACGAUCGCUAGACUCGCAGCUUGCAGCGGAAUCGACGAACAGCAGCGACAUCGUCCUCAGCUUCAACUCCGCCAUCUCCGAAGUGGUCAACGUGCUGCCAACGUUAAACUCGCUCCGUCAGCACCAACUCAGCCCCAGCUGCAACGAGAACGACCAAAUCGACCAACACUUUCUGCGCACCCAUCGGAUGUCACGUUCGCUGUCCAUUUCGCUGAUCGAUUCGGCGCCAACGGAACGUUAGACCACUUAGUCGUCACACCCCCACUUAAACUAUUGCUAUUGUCGACUUUUCACACACUCUAUGCAACAACAACAAAAAUCACACGUUUUCGUCCGCCAUUCACCGAGAGAGAACACAACAAAAAACGCUUUCCCCCCUCCCCUUCUUCUCGCAUAUUAUAUUGUGUUAAAUUUGCCAUUCCAAAACGAACAAACGAUACAAAUUAGGCUAGAGCGUAGCGCGCGUCCACCGAUUCAGUAGCAAAGUCACACCAAAAAUGUAAGUUACUCACUUUAAGUUUAGUAUUCCCCUCAAAUCCUCAAUUGAGAGCAGAGAACACACGCUUUUUAGCCAGAACAGGAAAAGGAUAGGCAGCGCGACGAGAGAUGUUUGUUUUUAUCAUUGUGCGCGAAAUUUCAAGUGACGAACUCACUACUUAGCGUAAAAUAUCUCAGUGUUGAAAUAUCGAGAAUUACUUAUUAUGAUGAUUAUUAUUAGCAUAUAAUGUUACAAACCAUUGAUGAAAUGAAAAUAUGUGUGUGUACUCUAAAGAGAGAAUGUUUACACCUAUUGCUGAUGAUUAUACAUAGUUUGUACUGAAGCGAAGGAAAUUUCUCAACACUGUUUUUUUUACGUUGUCCGUCUCAUGCUUUAUUACGAUAGCACAGUGUGUAGUAAAAAAGGACAUUCCGUUGUUUUUUUGUUUUAGUUUACACUAGCUAGUAUUAUAACUGUACUGAUUAAAAUAGAAAUCCCAUGACAACGCGUAUGACUGUAAACUGUACUUGAUUUCGUUUUGCGUAAGUUCCCUAAUCUUAUUUAUUGUGAAUUAUCGAGACACGUUACGGUAUGAAUAUAGCGAAAUAAACACAACAAGCU